AAACCUCUGACCGAUACGAUCGAUUUUCGAGCCUGUACCCGAUUGUCACGCACGCGAAGAGUACCGACCGAUAACAUGGCUACGCCUAAGACCAAGCAUGACUGGGCCGACGACGAAGACGUCGAGGAGACGUCGACUGAGCUUCCCGCGCCCCAGACCAUCAGCAACAAGGACGGAACCAAAACCAUCAUUACCUUCCGCUACAAUGACCAGGGCAAGAAGGUCAAGAUGACCCGCCGCAUCCGCUACACGACUCACACAGAGAAAGUGAACCCGCGCGUCGCCGAGCGCAAGACGUGGUCCAAGUUCGGCCUCAGUGCCAAGGACCCCGCGGGCCCGGCCCCGGACACGACCUCGGUCGGCGAGAACAUCAUUUUCCGCCCCAGCACGAACUGGCGCAAGGACGAGAAGGAGCAGGGCGAGGACGCCGGUGCCCAGGCCCUCAAGGAUAAGCUCAAGGACAAGCAGGUCAAGUGCCGUAUCUGCAACGGCGAGCAUUUCACCGCCCGCUGUCCCUACAAGGACACCAUGGCUCCCGUCGGCGGGGACGUCGCCGACGUCGCCGCGGGCUUGCCCGACGAGCCGGGCGCGGGCAGCGCUGCGGCAGCAGGCCCUGGCGCCAAGAAGGGCAGCUACGUCCCGCCGGCACUCAGAGCCGGUGCGGCCGGCGGCGCCUCUGCGGGAGACAGGAUGGGCGGCAGCAAGUACGGCGAGCGGGACGACCUCGCGACGCUGCGUGUCACCAACGUCUCGGAGAUGGCGGAGGAACAGGAGCUUCGCGACAUGUUCGAGCGCUUCGGCCGCGUCACACGUGUGUUCCUUGCCAAGGACAGGGAAACGGGUCUGGCAAAGGGCUUCGCUUUCAUCAGCUUCGCGGAUCGGAGCGACGCCGUCAAGGCUGCUGCCAAGAUGGACGGCUUUGGUUUUAAGCACUUGAUCUUGAGAGUCGAGUUCGCCAAGAAGGCGGCCUGAGCUAGGCACCAUGUGGAACAGGGGGCGGGUGUGGUUGUGCGGUAACGACGACGGUUCUUUUGAUGCUACUACUGGAGAUACGGCCACGGCAACGGCAAUGGUAUAAAAUUGGCAUCCUGGGGGAUACGGUAGUUAAUCCCUUUUUUUCUAUCUCUCG